UUUGCUUUGCUUUAUCAAGCCUGAAUGGCGUCCAUGUUGGGGAAAACUUUUUAUAUAAAGUGCGUGUGUGUGAGCGAGAGAGCGAGCGAGCGAGUGUGUGUGUGUGUGUGUGUGAGUUUGGAGAGCUGACGCCGGCAGUCUGAGCCACUUGGCUACUCGCGUCAAGGAAAAAAAAAGUUGCCUCGACUCUUUUUUAAUUCACUUUUCGCUCCUUUUACGCCGCGUUUUAAACCGACCGAGACGCAUUGUAACGCACUUAAACGUCACAAUUCCUCAUUUUGUACCCUUCAAUGCAAUCCGUGACGACUUUAUGUUUUUUUUUGCCUGACUUUUGGAUGGAGUGCGCACCAGGAGGUUACCAAACGUCCCCCCCACUGAGCCAAAGCUCAGCACCGUGUGGAUGUUUGCGUUUUGUAAGCCAUUAAAAGUCCACAAAAUAGUAUUUAUAUAUGAUAUUACAGCUGCUGUCUGCAUUGGAUUGCAUGAGAAGAGGUUUGUAGAAAGUGUACAAUGUCGGCAUUUAAUGCAACAGCGGGCAGGGAAAAAGUAUCCACUCCAGCAGAUCCUAGCAUUCCUUCCAGCCAGCCUCCCUCUCUCCUCUUUUUUUGCCUCCACCUCUUUCUCUCCCACUCAGAAACGACUACGUGUCUGUUUGUGCACCAACAUCUUUCCACCCCCCCCCCAUGCAGAAAUCUGCAAAGAAAAAAAGCAAAAAACACAAACACACACCACAUAAAAAAGGUCAAAGAGGUUGCAGAAAGGGUGCUUGAUAGCCGAAAGUAAGAAAGGAGAAUACAUAGAAAGUAUAGACACUAUGCACCCCCCCAGUCCCCUCCCCACUGUGAUGGACUCUGGAUCCAGGGGGCACAUUGGAGAAGAGAAAUAACACAUCACACAAGCUUACUUUUGUCAGUAGGGAGAAGAAAAAAGGAGAAGGGGAGAGAAAUCUGAUCCCAAAUACAUGACGUCAGAUGACAUUCCUUUGGUGGAAGGCUGAUGUGGCUGUGCGCUUUUUUUUUUUUUGCCUGAUAGCUGACUUUAAUGUAGGAAGGCGCUAGGCCGAGGCACGAUGAGGAUGAUGUAAUGUGACAAUCAUUUCCACUGUGGCUCUUAUUACGUAGUACUUAUUCAUUUUGGCGGAAAAUAGUGUUGCUUGUCUUGCGUUGUUCCUCAAACGUCUCAUUGAGGAAGUAGGCCCAUCAAAAGACGGUCCUGAUGUCCUGCUUCAUGCGUUGACGCUUUUCCACUGCGUGUAAUCUCCACUCGGCAAACAGCAAACCAUUGAAAACCACGGCACAUUGAUGCUGACAAACGAUGGAGGAGAACCAGGGUCUCCUGUAUGCUGAAGUGACAAGUUUUUAUCCAAGAGGACACUGAGGGCGGGAAGGAAAACACAGAGCGCAUCAGUCGAAACGGGACAUGCUUGCAAACAACAAUUAGCCAUUUACGCCUAAGGAGACAUAUGUUAUCCAUGUGGAGACUUAGGGCAAAGUCCUAACAAAACAUCCUAAGAAACAACAACAAUGGAUGAGGGUCUCCUGUUCGCACGUCUAAGGACAUAUUUCAUCCAAGGGGAGACUAGGGGGAGAGUAGUAACGAAACACGAACAACAACAAUGGAGGCAAAUUAGUAUUUACUACUAAGAAGACAUAUUUUAUCCAAGUGGAGACUGAGGGCACAAUCAUAACAAAACUCGCCAACAAAUUAGUCUCCUGUAUUUACUAUGUACGAUACAUAUUUUAUCCAAGGAAAGACUCAGUGCAGAAGAUAUACUAUAUUUUAUCCUAAAGGAGACUGAGGGCAGAGUCAUAACAAAAUAUGCUAGCAAAUAACAACAAUGGAGAAGAAGGUCUUCUGUAUGUAAUUCUAAGGAGAGAAAUUUUAUCCAAGGGGAGACGAAGGAGAGAGUUGUAGCGAAACAUGCUAACAACAACAAUGGAGGCAAAUUAGUGUUUACUAUUAAGAAGACAGAUUUGAUAUGUUUGAAAAGGAACAGGCGGAUAAAUGCCGGAUCUUUUCUUGUGGCUGUUUUUGCAGGAUCUCCGUGUGAAAGAGGUGUCAAUUCUGCAGCGGUUUACGCAAACCCAUUUAUGCCAAAUAGUACCCGGAAGUACCUCAUUUUCGUCAUGGAAAUGAACCAAUAGCGAGUAGGGCAGUUCAGUGAAUUUCUCCAUGAAUGUACGUCACAAUGAUGAUGACAGACCAGAUUCCACUGGACUUGGCUCCGCCCCCUCUCCUGAACGGGGAGGUCCCGCUCAUGCCUCACAUGGUUAACGGUGACGCAGCCCAGCAGGUGAUCCUGGUACAGGUGAACCCGGGGGAGACCUUCACCAUCCGAGCAGAGGACGGAUCACUGCAAUGCAUCCAGGGUCCUGCCGAGGUCCCCAUGAUGUCCCCCAAUGGGUCCAUCCCCCCCAUCCACGUGCCCCCAGGAUACAUCUCUCAGGUGCUGGAAGAUACCACCGGGGUCCGUCGGGUGGUGGUGACCCCCCAGUCCCCCGAGUGCUACCCUCCCUCCUACUCCCCUGCUUUGUCGCCCACACACCACCUGCCCCCCUACCUGGCCCACCCUCACUUCAUUCCAAACUCCCACUCUUUCUACCCGCCCGUCAGCCCGGGAGAGCUGCCCCACCACCAGUACUACCAGCACCACCUCCCCCCCAUGUACGGCGACCCAGAAAUCAUCCCGGUCUACGGCAUGUCCAACUUCAUCCGGGAGGAAACGUACAGUAAGCCCCAGCCCAAAAAGAUAAAGGAGCAGAGACAACUCGAGCGACAGAACCGACUCAACUCGCCGCCAUCCACGCUGUACAAGGGCAGCCUGGGGCCCGCACAUAACGGCUACAGCAGCAAAUCACACGCCCCGUCGCUCGGGUCAGUGGGGUCCGGGGGCGGAGUCGGCAGUCCGGGUGCGAAGAAACCAGAGAGGCGGCUCCGGAGCAGUCCACGGAACGGUGAACCAGAGGUGCACACGCAAGAUCAUGAUUCAGAGGGGAAACGUGUUCAAGACAUGUUGUCAACAAUCGACAAACCGCAGGUAUCUAAUGUGCAAGCCAGAGCUGCACGGUUGUCUUGGGCGCCCCCCACAGGCCUGGCGAGCCGACACGGUAACGGCAUGCCCGUGUCCUGCUCCUACGAGGUGUCUCUCUCGGAUAAAGGGCGUGACGGGAAGUACCGCCUUAUUUACAGUGGUGAAGAACUGGAGUAUCAUCUCAAAGAUCUAAGGCCAGCAACGGACUACCACGUACGGGUGUCUGCGAUGUACAACUCGGUCCGCGGCUCGUGCUCCGAGGCGGGCUCUUUCACCACGCACUGCAGUGUUCCCGACGUCCCGCUCGCCCCCAAACUUUCCCACCGCACCAAAAGCACCCUCACUUUACAGUGGAAGCCGCCAGGCGACAACGGAUCCAAAAUCACAAACUACCUGCUCGAGUGGGAUGAGGGCAAGAAGAACAGUGUUUUCCGGGAAUGUUACUUCGGAAGCCAGCGACACUGUAAGCUGACACGACUCUUCCCCGCCUGCGGUUACACCUUCAGGGUGGCCGCACACAACGACAUUGGCACAAGUGGCUUCAGCACGGAGGUGGUCUGCUACACCAUGGGCACCUUGCCCACCCUGCCUCUGGCCCCGCGUCUGGUCCGGGCCGGGGUGUCCUGGGUGACCCUGGAGUGGGGGCGACCAGAGGGCAGCCCCUGCGAGGAGCAGCUCAAGUACACACUCGAGAUCCAGGAGGACAACAGCGGAGCUGACUUUCACCCGAAGUACACUGGAGAAAACUUGACCUGUACUGUACAAGGCCUGAAGAGGAGCACGCAGUAUAAAUUCAGGCUGAUCGCGUCAAACAUGGAAGGCAAGAGCAGUCCCAGCGAGGUCCUGGUGUGCACCACCAAUCCCGACAAGCCGGGGCCGCCGUCCACACCCUGCGUCGUAGCGUCCACGCCCUACGCCCUCACAGUCACAUGGGAUCCCCCCCAGGACAACGGCGGCUCAGAAGCGCUCACGUAUUUGCUGGAGAUCUGCGAGGGAUGUUCGGAAGCGAGCCAAUGGGAGGUGGCGUACAGCGGUCCAUCAACAGAGUGUGUGUGCGAGCACCUGGCUCCGGGCACCGUGUACCACCUGCGGGUGUGCAGCAUCACCACCGGGGGGCACAGUCAGUGCACCGUUAGCGUUCCCGUCCGCACGUUAAGUGUGCCGCCGGGGCCCUGCCAGCCGCCGAGGAUUGUGGGUAAAGCCAAACACAAGGAGGUGCAGUUAGAGUGGGACUCUCCUGCCUCAGAGGUCGUGAGCGAGGCGUGCGUGUUCAGCCUGGAGAUGAGCGAGGGCGACGCCAAGCCAGCCGAAGUCUUCCACGGGCCGGAGCUGCAAUGCACCGUGGGUAGUCUGCUACCCGGGGCCACAUACAGCUUCAGACUGAGGGCUGCCAAUGAGGCCGGGUUCGGCGAGUACUCUGAGCUGACCGAGGUGACGACUGCAGUGGGUCCUCCUGGCCAGUGUGGGGCGCCACUCAUCAUUCUAACCAGUAACACCUGCGUCUCGCUCAACUGGGAGAGUCCAGAGGGUUCGGGUAGCGACAUAUCCGAGUACCGUCUGGAGUGGGGGCGGGAAGACGAGCCCAUGGAGCUCAUCUACUGCGGCUCGGCCACGCAGUGUGAAGUGUCGGACCUGACGCCCGCUACGGGCUACUGCUGCAGGCUACAGGCUGUCAAUCAAGCAGGGGCGGGGCCUCACAGUGAGCAGGUCGGUUUCCAGACGCCGGCCACCAUCCCCGACUCGGUCUCCUCCCUCGGCCUCCUGGACCUCCCGGCCUCCUCGGAGUCGGGCCAGUCGCGGUCCACCUGUCUCUUCCUGAAGUGGGAGGAGCCAAACAGCAACGGGGCGGAGAUCUCCUCCUACAUCAUCUCUCUGGAUGAGAGGACCAUCACGGUGGAGCCCACGACCGGUUACGUCGUCAGCGGUCUGCAGCCGGACAGCGAGUACAGCGUACAGAUCCAGGCGGUGAAUGCCAUCGGGUGCAGCCCCUCGAGUCCGGCCCUGCUGGCGAGGACGCACCCCUUGCCCCCGGCCCCGCCCCCUCUGGAGUGCUCGGCCGCCGGGCCGCAGAGCCUGAAGCUGAAGUGGGGCGAGAACGCCAGCAACACCCGCUCCCUGCUGGCCGACGACAUGUACUACACGCUGCAGAUGGAGGACAAAAACCACAGGUUCGUGACCAUCUACCGCGGGCCGAGCCACACCUACAAGGUGCAGAGACUGGUUGAGUCCAGCAGCUACACGUUCAGAAUACAGGCCAUCAGCGACGCCGGCGACGGCCCCUUCUCUGACAGCCACACCUUCUGCACCACCAAGUCUGUGCCCCCCGCCCUCAAAGCUCCCAGAGUGCACCAGCUGGAGGGGAACGCGUGCGAGAUCACAUGGGAGACCAUCCCGCCAAUGAGAGGCGAUCCUGUCAGCUAUGUGCUCCAGGUGCUGGUGGGACGUGAGUCGGAAUACAAGCAGGUGUUCAAGGGUGAGGAGGGCGUGUUCCAGAUCUCGGGCCUCCAGGUCAACACGGACUACCGCUUCCGUGUGGGCGCCUGCCGCCGCUGCCAGGACUCGUGCCAGGAACUGUGCGGCCCGCUCAGCCCCUCCUCCCUGUUCACGCUGCGGCGCCAGGAGGCGGCGGCAUCGGGCGAGCCGUGCGCCGCCGACGCCGCCAAGGGCUCGGGCCUGAUGUCGAGCGACGAGCGCUUUGCGGCGCUCAUCGUGUGCGUCUUUGCCGGCUUGUCCAUCCUCAUCGCCUGCUUGCUGCAGUACUUCUUCAUGAAGUGAGGGAAUCUUUGUUUUUGUUUUUUUGCUACAGGAUAGAAAGAGAAAUCCAAGAGAAUUUUUUUUGUUUGUUUUAAAGAAAUCACGUCGGAUGAAAUCGAAACACUUGAGACGCUCUCGUAAGGCUUUUGUGUCGUCGGCUUCCUCACGUUGUCGCUCCAUUUGUUCUCCUCAAAGCCUCGUCGGAAACUGAUAAUCAAGCCUUAAAACAGCAAGCAGUUCCUCCGACUGACUUGCAUGUUUUUUUUCUUUUUUUUACGAUUUUUGGAAAAAAUACUCAACUUUCUGCUUCAUUGCCUUGAUUUCAUUUUUUUUUCUUAUUCAGCGUUUAAUUUUUGGUGUUGUUUGCUGCCAUCUCCAUCCAUUCAGCCAUAUUCUCAUGUCUGCUCAUUCAAAGCUUUAGCUGUGCAUACUGGAUUCCUCAACACACACACAUACACGCCAACGUCAGCGCUCCGCUUCUUAACGCUCGCUCGGCCGCCAAAGUGAUGCAAUCCAUGCGUGACGUAAGAUGCUGCUAUCCUGUGAUGAUGUUUUUUCUCUACCAUUAUUUUAUCGCUCUAACUGCAGAAAGAAUGGACAACCAGUUAUCUAAUAUAAAUAGAUAUAGAAAUAUAUAUAUAUAUAUAUAUAUAUAUAUAUAUAUAUAUAUAUAAAUAUAUAUACAGUACAUCGUAUUUUUAAACAAAUAGCUAUGGAAGUGAUGUUAAGCGGUGGACGGUCCGAAGCGAGCCUCACACAACCGGUGCCGUAAUUUUGCAGACGCUACCAGUCGGGGCAUUAAACUGGACCCUCCUCUUGUAAGCUUAUGUGAAUGUGUGUAUUUAAAGCCCCCCCACCCAACUCCCCACCCUCGCCGCGCUCUCUCGCUUCUUAAUCGAUCCCUCAUUUAAAAGGUGCUUUAUCGAUAAGUCAUCAGAGGCUAAUAUUCACUAACCAAACGAGCCUUUCGACAAGACACAGGGCAUUCUAACCCACCCCCCUGCCCUUCCCCGUCCCCUUCCCUCGUCCCUUAAAAACAAAACAUCAAAGCCAAGGUACACCCCAGCCGACCCCCACCACACUCAUCCAAAGAGGUCGCCCUGACCCGUAUGAAAUAGUGUCAUUGAGGCCUGUAACGUACCUCAGGGAAAAGGCCUUCAAAGAAGAGGAGGGGCGUGGGGGGCGCGUAGUAGACGGACCGCCCUCUUUCCCGUGUCCGCCGCCGCUCUCGCCCUCCUCGUCUUCCGCUUUUGCGUCGUGUCCGCCGUGCCUUUUUGCGAGUAGCUCACUUUUUCUUUUUUCUUUUUUUUGCCAAAGUCGAUGGGAAAAUUAAGGUUAGUUUGUAGGGUUUUUUUUUUAUUUAUACUAUAUAUUUGCAUACAGUACUUUACAUGCCAAUUACAGUGCAAUCUUCAUUUAUUUAUUGUUUAAAAGAUUAAGAGACAAGUGUAGUUAUAUACUAAUUUUUUUUUCUCUUUGUAGCAUGUUUUUUUUUUUAAUGGAUGUAUGUUAGAUUGAAUGAUUUAAGGCCAGCAUUCCUUAUCUCGGUAACCCUUUAAGUAUUUCUCUUACAGUCGUUGGGAUCCUGCAGUUGACACAUUAUAAACAUGUAACCAAAUACAUAUGUACUGUUUUGUUUUAUUUUCAUCUCUUUGUUUGGGCCACGCUCAGCCAAGUAGUGAUACUUAGAAAAGACAUGUAGCAAGAAAUGUCCCUGUAACUUUGGCCUCUUUUUUAUUUUUAUUUUGUGUUAUAAUGAAGCUUCUGAUGUUUUAUUUUAGCCAAAGUGCAGGCUUCACUCAAUGUUUUGACCAAGGGUUCUGUGAUAUUCUUCUGUAACACAACAGCAUUAUUAUUAUGAUUAUUUUUUAUUAUUGUUACUAUUACUCUCUGAAAAUGACAAAAAAAAUUAACUUGAUCUGUGAUUAUGCUUUUUUUUCAUGUUUUUUUUUGUAAAGCAACAUGUGCCAUUUUCCAAACGUUUCACCCCCUAGAGAGGAAAAGAUAUAGUUUCGUACCGGAAGCGACGUCAUACUGAAGACAAAAAAGGCUAAAAACAAUCAACAUGGUGGACUAUGGAUUUAAUUAACAAGUUUAUUGACGAGUACUUGUUUGGGCUAGUGCUGGCGUAGUAUAGAGAGUGGUUUGUUUUUCUAUCCAUUUUUUUCUAAGAGAUGAUAUACAGAUAUAUCUAUAGAGCUAUAGGUGAAUACAUUAUAACUAACCGAGUUGAAGCACUUUUAUAUUGUCGAGCAUUAGCUAGCUAGCAGUCUUGAUAGGGAGGGUGUUAGCCAGCAAGCUAGCAGUCAUUGAUGGUGGGGAUGUUAGCCUGCGAACGAACGAGCGAGGUAGAGGAGAAGUUGUGUGGUUUUCCGGUCCGGUUCUGAUCUAAACACUACUGCCAGUCCGUUACAUUCGUCGCUCGGUGUGUUGUUGUUUUGUUUUUUUUUAAUUUGCAGCGUCACGGCACAGCGCAUGUAAACGAUAAUACGGAAGUACAGUUCGUCGGAGGGGAGGGACUACGCAUGUGCACUCCACCCCUCACCCUGUUGCAUUGUGACGUGACAGGUAAUGAGGCGUCCCGUUUAUUUGUUAUAUAUGGGCAGGGUACUCCCCUUUUUAUGUGUGUGUGUGUUUUUUAAUAUAUAUAUUUUUCAAUUAUUGUUGACUCGACUCCCCUACCCAUUCAACAUUAUACAACUAUGGGUCCAUGCAGCAACACCCUCACAUCAGUGCCUUCUGAUUUUAUUUGUAGUUCUCUCUUUCUUUUUGUUUUUGUUAGGCUUUGUACCGUUUUUACAGCGAGUAGAUUUUUUUUUUCGACUGAGCGAUUUGCCACCAUGUGACACGAACACACACAGGUAUUUCACUAUUUUUUUAAGCGAAAAAUGAAUUUUACCUCACGAUUUUAAGAAGUGAACAUUCCAAGGUUGUCAUGGUCUACAAAUUUGAAAAGAAUUUUAAGAAAAAAAAAGAAAUUCAUACAUUUCUUCUUCUUGUAUUGUAAAUGUUAGACAAUUUCAUAUGCAUUAUAUAAAAGAAACUGCCAUAUCAAUGUUAAUGUAUAGAUUUUUUUUUGCAAAUACUACCCUAUGUAUGUAAGACGUAACUGUAUCGGUAGCGUAUAUAUAAUAUAUUUAUGCCCAAUAAAUGUUUAAUUUUUUUCUGA